UUUUAAAAAUCUACCAACAAAAUCCAGUGUUUAAAAAACAAUAAAACAAACCAAAGUGGUUUUGUUUAAAAACCAACUGAAAGUUUAAUUAAAUAAAAAAAUCUCCUUUUAAAGAAAACUUAAAGCCGCCAAAAUUCUUACCACAAGCAGUAUGAAUUCAUAUUUUGAACAAGCUUCAGGCUUUUAUGGCCAUCCGCAUCAAGCCACCGGCAUGUCCAUGGGCUCCAGUGCCCAUCACGAUCAGUCAGCCACCGCCGCAGCAGCUGCCUACAGAGGUUUCCCCCUCUCGCUAGGCAUGACCCCCUAUACCAAUCACCAUCUACAGCGCUCCACACAAGAUUCACCCUACGAUGCCAGCAUUACAGCGGCCUGCAAUAAAAUUUAUGGUGAUGGCAGCCAGGCAUACAAACAGGAUUGUCUUAAUAUCAAAGCUGAUUCCGUGAACGGUUACAAAGACAUUUGGAAUACAAGUUCGAAUGGUGGAGCUGGCGGUGGCGGCGGUACUGGUGGUGGUGGCGGUGGUUCGGCCGGCUCAACAAAUGCUUCAAACAAUACCGCCAAUGGAGGACAAAAUUCAGCGGCCGGUGGUGGUAUGCCAGUGAGACCGUCAGCAUGUACACCCGAUUCCCGGGUCGGUGGCUAUUUGGAUACAUCGGGCGGUAGUCCGGUUAGUCAUCGUGGCGGUAGCGCUGGAGGUGCCGGGUCGGGUGGGGUUGGCGGUGGUGGCGGCGGCGGUAGUGUUAGUCAGAGUGGUAAUGUUGGCGGUGUGGGUGCGGCUGGCGGUGGUGCUGCUACAGCCUGGAAUGCAAAUUGUACAAUUUCCGGAGCUGCAGCUGCACAAACAGCAAGUAGUUUACACCAGGCCAGCAAUCACACAUUUUAUCCCUGGAUGGCUAUCGCAGGUAAGAUAAGAUCUGAUUUAACACAAUAUGGCGGCAUAUCACCAGACAUGGGUAAGAGAUAUUCAGAAUCUCUUGCGGGCUCACUUCUACCAGAUUGGUUAGGUACAAAUGGUCUACGAAGACGUGGUCGUCAAACAUACACCCGCUAUCAAACACUUGAGCUAGAGAAAGAAUUCCACACCAAUCAUUACUUAACCCGCCGACGAAGAAUCGAAAUGGCCCACGCAUUAUGUCUGACAGAGAGACAAAUAAAAAUCUGGUUCCAAAAUCGACGAAUGAAAUUGAAAAAAGAAAUCCAAGCCAUCAAAGAAUUAAACGAACAAGAGAAACAAGCCCAAGCACAAAAAGCGGCAGCAGCAGCGGCGGUGGCAGCGCAACAUUUAGGAGAAUAAAAUUAGGAAAAAUUUAUAAAUUAUUAUUAUAAUUAUAGUAAUAAUAGAGAGGAUAAUAACAAUACUACUAUUAAACAUUUAACAACAACAGCAGCAGCAACUGAAAUAGAAACAACAACAGCAACUACAAUUCAUAAUUCUGUAAAUGCCACACCAGCAGCAACUCCUUCAUCUUCAUCAUCUAUACAAAAUGUUGAAAGUCAUAAUGAUUUUUCAACUGAAGCAGCAACUACGGCAUCAGAAACUACAAAAUUAAAUUCUAUAAAUUAUAAUAAUUUUUAUCAGAAUUAUACUCAACACCAUUAUCAGCAACAACAUCAUCAUGGUAAUGAUCAUCAACAUCAUCAUUAUGACUGGAGGAGUGACAGUCAUACACCACAGAUUUCAAUGGACAAAGGAUACCACCACCAUCAUCAUCGUCAUCAUCAUGGCAUUCCUACAACCAUUAAAAUCGAAUGCCAUCCAGGUGAAGAUGAUGAAGGUUUUAAUGAGAAAUCUCCAUUUUGAAGAGCUAGUUGUUGUACCGUGCGAUAGACGUCCUAUUAAAAUUCUCACAAAAAUAUCAAAUCUUCCUGUUUCUUUUUUAAUUUAAUUAUAAACUAAAGUAAAAAUCUCAUAAAAAAUUUAUAAUUUUUAUUUUUUAAAUGAUCUUUUAAAGAAAUCUUCUCCUUUAGGUUAAAAGUUAAAUUAAAAACAAA